AGGGGGGUGGAGAAAGUUGCCUGCGGGACGUCGCGUCGGUUCCGUGCGGCAAUGCAUCUCGCAUGUGAUACCUUCUGUUCGUCUUGUAAACCGGUAGUGUUUCCCGAAAUAAGUGUGAAGUAAUGGAAACGCCGCAUUAUUGGUCAGCCUGGUUCUGAAAAUUUUGAGGCAGUAUGACGGUGGACUUGAGCGUCGGCGCCGUGCCGGCACUUUACAAGGAAGUUCACAGCCUGCUGAACCCGAACGACAGGAACGAAAUCGACCGCGAACUUUUCGGCCGGCUGCUGGCGUCGACGAAUCUUCCCAAGACGACGUUGGAUCAGGUGUGGGAGUAUGCUGGAGCCAAGCAAGGGCCUGUGACUCCAACAAGCCUGUACAGGAGCCUUGCACUUGUGGCAGUAGCACAGCAGGGCCGGCAGCUGGAUGAGAAGUCUCUGCUCAAUCUUGAAGUGUUGCCAAAUCCAUUGCUGGGAAGUCCGGCAGAGCUUCGCGAGAAGCUGGGGCUGACUGGCCGCAAGAUGAUGAGCCUAGACCUGAAGUCCGGUGGCUCGGACCCUCGCAUCCUCAACUCCAGCUAUGCUCAGAUGGUGGCACAGGACACCAUCCGCGUUGCCUUGGUUCCCGAGAAGAAAGGCAUCAUCCUCAAGCAUGUCGUCUACGAGGUCUCUAGUCAGAGGUAUCAGUCUCGUGUGGAGCGGCGGUACAAUGACUUCGUGACGCUGUUUGACAUCCUGGUGCAACGGUUCCCCUACCGAGCAGUACCCCAGCUGCCACCGAAGCGGGCUAUGGCUGACUCUCAUUUCAUCGAGGAGCGGCGGCGGGCACUGAGACGUUUCCUCACGCUUGUCGCGAGGCAUCCUGUUUUGGGCUUUGACAAAGCAGUCAACAUAUUCCUGACAUUUGGUGGCACAGACGUUCAAGCACGGCUCAAGGAGUACUGCAAGAAUGUGCCAGAUGAGUUCCUUACCAGUGAGGUGGCACGUAGGUCGGACGAGCUCGUGUCAAGUGACACUACGGUGCAGUUUGCCAUGGCACGUGAGCAGCUGCGCCAGGUGUACUUCUCUCUCAGCCAGUUGCGUGAGGCCUCACAGCGCAUGGUCGACCGGUCCAAGAUGGCCGCCGUGGACAUCCUCGUUGUCAGCAAGGAGUUUGCCACAUUGAGCAACAUAUCCAAGCUGGAAUCUGACUGGGCGACUGGUGGAAAUGAUGCCUGGAACAUUGUGCAGAAGGCAUUGCGAUCCUUACAGAGCCUUCUUGUUCCGAUUCAUGAAGCUCAUUCGGAACAGUCUCUUCAUGAAGAGGAGGAAGUUCUAGAAGAGCUAAAUUUAUUCCUGGACCUUCUAGUUGCUUACAAGGCAUUGUGUGAUCGUCACGAAAGCGGUGUUGUCCUUGGGCACCACAAGGCCAUCAAUAGAAUGGUGAAGAAGUCCUCAAACUCAUUUGGAGCUGUGGAUCCAAUGAAGCAGGCGCAGGAGCUCGAACACCGGACACAGUUCUCUCUGCACUGUGUCCACCUGGAGAGCCAAAUGGUGUACGCCCACAUGGAGGCACUGGGCGGCAUCACCCGCGCCCUGGUCCGCAUACAGGCUAACGGCCAUGCCAAGCUGGGCUCCCUGUGGAGCAGCAUGGCACCUGCUGUGGCAACCAUGGUCCCAAACGUGGCAACUCAAGUACCGCAAUGAAGUAGUACACGAGACCAGCGACUGUUGUCAUCAGAACCCCUCCCGUCAUUUCGCUGGCUUCGAGGAGCACUCCACACAAUCUCCAAGAAGGUGCACAAGCUACUAGCUGCAGUUGUGUGGACUCUCUCCACACUGCUCGAGCAGGAAAGACUCUUCAGGCGCUGCCCACGAUGUGUUGCUGCAGGCCUCAGGACAACGGCGCAAUAUGUGUGUUAUCAAGAACUGCAUGAUGCGACUCUUGGAAAAAAAAAAAAAGUUAGAAUAUUUUCAUGCAUAUUUACCAGCACCGGGAAUUUGAGAAGCUUUAACCUUUUGAGUGCAGAGUUUUUUCGGAGGUGGCGCACCUCAAGUAUAUUUUUUUCUGAUACUACAAAAUGACGCAACAGUUAUUUUUUUCUGGUUCAUUCAGAUGGGAAAAAGCGACUUGAUUAAUUGAAAAUGCACUCUCGAUGUGGUCCUCACAUUCCCACCUUUGUUCUUAUCUCCUACCUAGUUUCGUUUUGAUGCGUGGACUUCUGCGAUAGCACCGCAGUGUCGGGGUAAAAAAAAGAAUCCUAUAAUAAUGCAGCAGAUCGCAGAAACUGUCAAAAGUCAUGUCCUUGCCCUACGGUGCAAAUAUUUCAACGAAGAAUUGCUGCAGUAGGAGUCGAAAAGGUCUGGGAGCCACCCUCCUUUCUGUGUGUGGACUUGCACUUUGCUCGACGAAACUACACGCACAAAGGGGCACGUUCCGCAGCACGCUAAACGCCCAGAUUGACCAAAUCAGGAGAGCUGAGAAUGUGUGCUUGUAGAAUUGUAGAACAGAUGGCGAAACUACCUCUGAGAUGGGCAACUUCACGUUACUGCGCGCACCUUACUGGUGGGGGUGGAGAACGUACCAGUACGUCGGUGGCGCUGAAAAGAUUAAGGGCAGAGUGCGAGCGUGGAGGUUACACACGUGGAAUCUCCUUGCUCUGUAACAUCGCGGCAGUAAGCUUCGCCACUGCCGCCAUUGUUAUUACUGCUCCCACUGCUACUCACAGAGCAGUGGGAGCAGUAAUGACGGAACUUAUAGGAUAUAAAAUAUGUUUCUGGUGCUCUUCUUUGCACAGAACUCCGUGCAGGCUAUUUUGUAAGGAUGUGAAAGUCAUAUGGUUACUUGCAUGGCUUAUAUGUGUGGAUUUGUUCUUUCCCAAGCGUUGUACAGUCGUGCCUCGAUAUAUUGAACAUGGAUAUAACGGAUAUAGAAUAUAACGAAGGUAUUUUCGUGUCUGAUCCAACUUUGUUUUGACGAGUUUCAACUGUACCUGGUAGCGCAGGUUAUAUGUGCACGAAUGAAGUAAUCUUGUUUUAACACCUUGUCGUGUGCGGACACCCCAAGGCCCAAAGACUUCGCAAGAGCUAUAUAGUAAUGCCUUGUACAAUGGACUCUCUUUAGCACUGUAUAGCAAAAUUCAUCAAGCUCAGCAGUUCAAGGACCUUUGUUAGGUUUCUCAUAGAUUUAAUACACUUUGUUAAGCAGAGCUGGUGAUGCAUAUUUUUCCAAGUUGCUUUCAUGUUUGAUUUAGAGGGAGUCCAUUGCAGCUUUGUUAAGUUUGACAUUUUCGCUCCAUUUUGUAGGCAUUUUCAUCACACUCCGAGGUCUUGUAUAUGACUUGAGACACAUUGCUCUGUUGUCCUGGCGUUGAUAUGCAGAGUGCUGCUUCUUUAGCCAGCAUUAAAAAUGUUUUGCACAUUGUAGAUUAUUGAGGUGCUGUAGAACAAAAAUCAAAUGUGCCUUGGUUCAAGUUCAAAGUAAAAUAACAUUUAAGUGUUUAUUGCACCAAGUGAACAACGUGCCUUGAAAUACACUUCAUGGUUCUAUCACUUUACGUGAACUUCACCACUGUACUCAUAGAACUCAAUAUUUUAUACAGUAUUUUGUUCACACCUUAGAUGCUCAUGUAGGAUUUAGAAGUGAAGAGCAAAUGUUCGCUUAGUUUCUUAGCAGUUCUUUUACGUUGGUACAUCUGAUGAACUGCACUUCAACGAAAGCUGUUGUUCUUGUCACCUUUGCCAAACAAGGUGAUUUCGCAGCUUGUUGGAACUCGACUGGCGCCAAAAUAUGCUGAGUCUUGUUUGUUGUUUGGUUAAGCGCCUUUCCUUCCGCAGGGUUCAUAGCAGUUCUCAAGUCUCUUUAAAACCAUCUACUGCCAAAAUGUCAUUUCGAAGUACUUGCAUAUCCUUAAAUUUAGCUUCUGGCCAAGCAUGGCAGAUUUUGGCGGAUUUUCUUUGAACACCUAGCCACAAAAUCGGUGCAGUCUAAAAGCCAAUCCAGCUUCAUUAUGCACAUCGAGCGGUGCUGGCUCAGUUGCUACAUCCUUCCCACAUACUUUUCGUAUUUGUGGUCAAUGAAAAAUGUUUUGCUUGUCGCUGAUAGUUUUUAUAGCUUUUAAUUGACAUAUUUCAAAGGGGUUGGCUUGAAGGCCUAUAUAUAGGAAAGGGAAGAAAGGAAGGACAAAUGAUUGCAAGGAAAAUCAUCACUCCCAGCAUUGCAUGCGAAGUCCAUUAGGGACAGCGUCGUAGCAAGCAUCACAUUAUCAUCGUUGUGUACUGAAAGAUUAAGGAUUUGUGCUGAAUUUAAUUGUAGUGAGGACACUGCCUUAACACCUGUUCACCUGUCUUUUGAAUGCCUGUAUAGCCUGUUAAGCAGGUGACCGUGGUGUGGGGGUCAUCCUCCUUAGAGUUCACAGCUUCACCAUUGACCUCCAUUCUGGAAUUGUCCAGUUCCUUGCCGUGUUCAUGGCCUUGGGCCUUGGACCCUUCUAAGGUGUCAACAUGGUGUCUAUUGAGUAGUGAUGUCAUUUGGCCAACAUGUCCACUGUUGGGGCACAGCCAGCCUUAGGGAUAACGCUGCUUCAGUCCUCGAUUAUACUUUGCCGUGACCCUCAGACUGCUAUGAACUCUGCUUCUCAUGUCCUGGAAAUCAAGACAGACUUUCAGAUUCUGUUUAGCCUUUUCACUUCUUCACUUGAUGCUGGGUCAAGGCAUGGUCGCAACAUCUACGGGAGUGCAAAAGUCCGAAGAGUUGACAUUUCUCGUCAUAUGGCAUAGGAAUGGAGUCUGUGGGAAAGCUGUUACUUCAACUUGAGCAUGUGGCUCAACUUGAAGCGCGGUGAAUUUCAAAUGGUGCAAUAUAGGCAGAAUGGGGAUGCGUGCAAUGCUGCAAAGUGAUUUUGGGGAACAUUCGGAGAUUCCUUAUGAAGGGACAGGGAAGAGAAAUAUCAAAUUAAGCUAGAUUGGUAGCAUACACUGCUAAAUUUGCAUUUAUAUUGGUCAGCCUUGCCUCAGAGGAAGGCUUGGUGAGCCAGAAAGGAUGUGAUAGUGAGACAGGUGCCAAUGCUAGCUCAAAACUCCCUACUCUAUGCAACUUCAAAUUCUCCGUGCCGGAAGCUAAUCGUUCACUGACAAAGAAAGGUUGCAUUGCAUUUGAGCAUGAGCAAAGUCUCAAUCCCCCAGCAACUUGUGUCUGCAUUUUUCCCGCACACAAAGUAUGAGGAUAAGCCAAUGUAUUCAAAUAUUUGCAACGUCAUGCUCACAUUGUUGAACCGCAGUUUGGCCAUGAAAUUCAAAUAGAAUCUAGCUUUCAUUGGCCGCAACUAAUAAGCUAUAUUUUCCUGAAAGACGUAUAUGCUAGUAAACUUUGGAAAGGAUGCUCUGCCUAUCUUAAUUGGGUGUUUCUCUUAGUUGUCCCCAUUUAAUGUCUUCUUAGAGAAAGUGUUGCUGCAGUAAUGUGAGUAUUACGCAUACACUGAGCAACUGAGCAUUUCCUUGUGAUAAUAAGCAUAGUGUGAACGCUGACAGUUGAUGCUGCUGUGUUGCAGUUAAAGGGACAUGCAGAGAACAUACGGUGUUACUUUGCAUGCAGUUGGGUACCGCCAACUACCAGCACUACCAACAGCAUGUAGUAUGGGUACUACCAUACUCGACUGUAAAAUGAAGUUUUUUUAGCCUUUGUGCAUGGUAGUGUUGAGCUCAUUCUUUUAAAACACUGGAUAUGCACAUACAAUUUACAAAGCAGUUGAAGUGCACUGGGUAUUUUUUCUUAAAGCUAAAAUUUCUGCCAGCAGUUCAUGGUGACAGUGCUUUAUUAAGAUCACCUCUUGAAUAAUCGUAAAGAUGUAGUACCAUUGAUGUCUUAUAGGCUCAGGAAUUAAGUUCUGUGAAGUAUGUAUGUGUUCAAGAGAAUUUGAGAGGCUUUGUCUAGAUAUUCGCGGUAAUGAGUGUGGCAAAUUAUUCAAGGGCAUCCUUAGCAGGUCAAACUGUGUUUGCAAGUUGCUCUAAUAGCUCCAGAGGUGAAAAUGGUCUUUUUUGUACAGGGGACAAGUAGUUAUGCAUUGUUCAGGGGCUGGCUGCAUUAAGUUUUGUGCAUAUAUGCCAGGAAAUUUGCAAAUUGACAUGGCUGGUACAGACUGGUGCAGACUGGCCAAAGGAAAAAUGUCUGCUUUUACCUCCUGCAACGAACAUUCCAGUGCUGUUUUCUUUCUGUGUCCAGGUUAUACCAUAAUACUAUAUUGCAAAGUUGCAAUAAAGAAUUUACAUAUUUUCGAGUUGACAAAAA